AUGUUGUCUUCAAGGAUAUCGAGGAGCUUCCUGCCCCGGGCAGCCUCCUCGUUUGCCCGCACAUCUGCCAUCCGCGCACCACUCGGUUCAUCAUUCGUGAGAGGCUACGCAGAUGAGAAGAUCAAGGGCCAGGUCAUCGGUAUCGAUCUGGGCACUACCAACUCCGCUGUCGCCAUCAUGGAGGGAAAGAACCCGCGCAUCAUCGAAAACGCCGAAGGCACACGAACAACGCCCUCUGUCGUUGCUUUCACAAAGGACGGUGAGCGUCUAGUGGGUAUCUCGGCGAAGCGACAAGCUGUUGUCAACCCUGAAAACACUCUCUUUGCCACCAAGCGUCUCAUCGGCCGCAAGUUCACCGAUGCCGAGGUGCAGCGUGAUAUUCAGCAGGUCCCGUACAAGAUUGUUCAGCACACAAACGGCGAUGCAUGGCUAGAGGCGCAGGGCCAGCGGUACUCGCCGAGUCAGAUUGGUGGCUUCGUCCUGGGCAAGAUGAAGGAGACUGCAGAGUCGUUCCUUGGCAAGCCCAUCAAGAACGCAGUCGUCACGGUGCCUGCUUACUUCAACGACUCGCAGCGUCAGGCCACCAAGGACGCCGGUCAAAUCUCUGGUCUCAACGUCCUCCGUGUGGUGAACGAGCCCACCGCAGCCGCGCUUGCCUACGGUCUCGAGAAGGGCACUGACCGCGUCAUUGCUGUCUACGAUCUUGGUGGUGGUACCUUCGAUAUCUCCAUUCUUGAGAUCCAGAGCGGUGUGUUCGAGGUGAAGUCCACAAACGGUGACACUCACCUUGGCGGCGAGGACUUCGACAUCACUCUUGUCCGUCACUUGGUGCAGCAGUUCAAGAAGGAGCAGGGCAUCGACCUCAGCGGUGACCGCAUGGCUAUCCAGCGUAUCCGCGAGGCCGCCGAGAAGGCCAAGAUCGAACUGUCAUCCUCUCUUCAGACAGAGAUCAACCUACCUUUCAUCACCGCUGACGCCUCCGGACCGAAGCACAUCAACUCCCGCAUGACGCGGUCACAGCUCGAGGGUCUCGUAGACCCUCUCAUCCAGAGAACCGUCGAUCCGGUCCGCAAGGCGCUCAAGGACGCCAACCUACAAGCCAAGGACAUCCAGGAGGUCAUCCUUGUCGGUGGUAUGACCCGUAUGCCUAAGGUUACCGAGUCCGUCAAGAACAUCUUCGGUCGCGACCCAGCCAAGUCUGUCAACCCCGAUGAGGCUGUCGCCAUUGGUGCUGCCAUCCAGGGCGCUGUCCUGUCUGGUGAGGUCACUGAUGUCCUCCUACUCGAUGUCACUCCUCUAUCGCUUGGUAUCGAGACACUCGGCGGUGUCUUCACGCGCUUGAUCAAUCGCAACACCACCAUCCCAACCAAGAAGAGCCAGGUCUUCUCCACCGCUGCCGACUUCCAGAGCGCCGUCGAGAUCAAGGUGUACCAGGGUGAGCGUGAGCUCGUCAGGGACAACAAGCUGCUAGGAAACUUCCAGUUGGUCGGCAUCCCACCAGCCCAUCGUGGCGUCCCCCAGAUCGAAGUGACAUUCGACAUCGACGCCGACUCGAUCGUGCACGUGCACGCCAAGGACAAGUCCACCAACAAGGACCAGUCCAUCACCAUCGCCUCGGGCUCCGGCCUUUCAGACUCGGAAAUCGAGAACAUGGUCAACGACGCCGAGAAGUACCAGGAGUCGGACAAGGAGCGCAAGGCGGCCAUCGAGGCGGCCAACCGCGCCGACAGCGUCGUCAACGACACGGAGAAGGCGCUCAAGGAGUUCGAGGACCGCCUAGACAAGACCGAGGCCGGCAAGAUCAGGGAGAAGAUCGAGGCGCUCAGGCAGUUCAUCGCGACGAGCCAGGCGGGCGAGGGCACGGCUACGGCCGCGGAACUGAAGGCUAAGACAGAUGACCUCCAGACGGCGAGUUUGACGCUGUUCGACCAGAUGCAUAAGGCGCGCAACGAGCAGCCAUCCGGAGAGCAGCAGCAGCAGCAGCCGGGCCAGGGCGAGAACAAGCCGUGA